GCGGGAAAAUUCACGUUGGUUGCAAGGAGUUUACUGACAGCCUCGCACGCCGGGACUGUCUGUUGAUUUCAAGUUGGACUGCUAUGAGAUAUACCGGUGUUUCUACCCGCGCUAAGGUGAAACUGUCAUUGAGGAUAGCCAAGAUAAUGAUAAUGAAAAAUGAAACUUGAUGCCACCUCCACCAAUUUUCCAAAGUGUUCUGAUGGGUCAACAAGGAAUCAAGUAUCAUUGGCCUUAAAAUUAUGGAGAUGGGGCUCGCACUUGUCAUAAGGAGAUUAACGGUCUACUUUCACACUACUGGAUUACCAUGAUGUGAUGUGAAAUUUCUAUAACAAAAUACAGUGUCCAAUGGGACCUCAGUGUUUUGAAUCAUUUGCAUGUUGAUGUUUUCUCAUCCAAUCCCACGUGGACAUUAGGAAAUGAUUUAAGAAUGGUGUGAUCAGAAUGCAGAUCAGAAGUAUUUAGUCUCACUUUUAUAAAGCUAUGUUGCCUUUGAAAUAUUAUUUCCUAAAUUAGUGCUCUCACAUUCACCAAUUUCGGGUCACACAGUUGAUACAAAUUUUAGCCGGGCUAAAUUAAAAAACAAGAUGGCUGCACAUGGUAAUGUUUUACAAAGGAUUAACAAUCAGCUGGCAGAUGGAUUAGAGGCUAAGCUGACUCAAGACGGGAGAAUCUACUACAUAAGCCACCACACCCAGACAACUUCAUGGCUUCCACCAAGAGAGAACUGGGAUCCAGGGAGUGGACUUCCUUAUGGCUGGGAACUGGCCGUUGAUAGGUCAGAGAAACCAUACUUUAUCAAUCAUGUGGAGAAAUAUACAACGCGUGAGGAUCCGAGAGAUGACCCCGAUUAUGUGGAACCGCCUACUCCAAGAGAUGUGGAGCUAAUACGCGACCCGAAUAAAGGGUUUGGGUUUGUGGCUGGCAGCGAAAAACCUGUUAUUGUCCGAUUUGUCACAGAAGGUGGCCCCAGUGUGGACAAACUCUUGCCCGCUGACCAAAUUAUCAAGAUAAACGGGGAGGAUGUGAAGAGAGCUCCACGAGAAUACGUCAUUGACCUUGUGAGAUCAUGCAAACAUUCCAUAAAGCUGACUGUGUGCCAACCCUAUGUGGACAAUUCGUCUCGCAAAUCAGCCCUUCUCACUGCUGCCAAGAAAGCCAGGUUGAAAUCCAACCCGUCUCGUGUGAGGUUUGCUGAUUCUGUCGUUGUGAACGGGGCAUCAGUCCAUGGUCCGUCCGCCCAAGAGAGUUAUGUGCCUUUGAUGCCCAAUGUUCUAAAGGUGUUUCUAGAGAACGGACAGACUAAGUCUUUCAAAUAUGACAACAAAACUACUGUCAAGGAUGUCCUUGAUUCCAUGCAAGAGAAGCUCAACAUCAAACGAAUAGAACACUUUGCCUUAGUUUUACAAAAUACCAAAAGUUCAUCUCACGGGAAGCUGAGUAUAUUACAGGAGCAGGAGACCUUAGCUGAGAUUGCUGCUAGACCAGGUGCCAUGCAUUUUCGAUGUUUAUUUCGGGUGACCUUUGUGCCCAAAGAUGCCUAUGACCUUUUAAGAGAGGACACGAUUGCUUUUGAAUACUUCUAUAUGCAGUGCUGCAACGAUGUUGUACAGGAGCGAUUUGCAGCAGAGUUAAAGUACGAUACUGCUCUUCGAUUGGCUGCCUUGCAGAUUCAGCAACAUGUUAUGAGCAGCAACCUUAAUAACAAGAUCUCCCUCAAGACUGUCGAGCGUGACUGUGGUUUGGAGCGAUUUGUACCCCCGAGUCUUCUCGACAGUAUGAAAGGAAAAGACGUGAGAAAGAUGAUUCAGCAGUAUCUGAAGAUGAACCAGAGCCUCUCGGCCCCGGGUCAGAAACAGCUGACAGCUCUUCAGGCCAAACUCCAUUAUCUGAAGAUCAUCAGUGAACUCAAGACAUUUGGCAGCCGGAUAUUCAUGGUCACUCUUCUGGAUAAAAGAGCAGAAGGAAUGGUCCUGGUAGGCCCUAAGUCUGGAAUCAGUUUGAUAACAAACAUCAAAAGCUAUGCUACUGCAUUGUUGACGGAUUUUGAUGACAUCGAGAGCAUAACCAUUUCUAAGGAAGGAGAAAGUAUGUACCGAGUGGAGAUUACUUUGUCAGAUGAAAAUCUAGAGCACAUUUGCCUGGGCUUGCUGUAUGAGGACAUGAACAAUUUCCUGGCCUUGGUAGAGGGAUAUCAUCGGAUAUUUGUAGAGGAUAGUACAUCUCUCCUCCUCAAUAUCCCCUACAAAACCCAAACACCAGAUGUGGAUAUUCCACCGUAUGAAGGUCAGCACAAGGUCAUUGCCAGCACCUGGAGUUAUCCAGAGGACAUCGUGUCCCAAGUGAUCAGUCCAGCCAAUGAGGUGCUGUCUGAUAAUGUCUGCGAGGAUGAGCGUAUCGUAGACUUGUCUGCGCCCCCACCAGAGUACAUCAGCAACGGCACGAAACUCGCAAUUAAAAAUGAUCAGACUGAAACUAUUUCCUCUGAAGAUUCAACGAGCACCGAUGCCUCGUCGGUGCUGAGUAAGGACUCCCAGGAGGAUGUGGUGCACAACAACCUCCAGGCUGUCACUCUGAGGAACAAGCUAAGCAACUUCGACGAAGGCGUCACAUCAUUCGGCAGAGAGAGCAGCUCUUCAGAGCCGGAGAUAGAAAGUCUCAUUGAGGUGCAUGUGAACAAGAAUGGUGUAGACAGCAGUGAGAGUGAUUCCAUCAGCGAGAACUCGCAGGUUUUGGUGGAGGAAGGGAACCUUAAGACCUUCACUCGGUACGUUCCAAGUCCUAUCGCCAGCCUGAACAAACGGAGAAAGCACACGAACCUGGACAGAAGUGAGUCUGAAGUGUCUCUCCCAGAGGAUGUCUUGUGUGUCAGUGUCGAGAACUCCCGUUUCCAUCUCGACACACUAAGUGGACAGGAAGUGGACAGCAACGCAUCAGACGCCGACACGGACAGUGUUUUUGGACCAGAGACAGAGCGGAAACCCCUGCUGCUGUCCCACAAUGCAGCAGAUGAUGGUGAUGGAGUUGGCGAGUAUCGCAAUAGUCACGUGGUGCGAUUAGAGAGCGAUGACACUGACAGCUGGGAGGAAACCCCUGAAGGGAGCCCCGCCAAGAACCUAGAAAGUACCCCACGACCUUCCAGUGCCAGCACCAAGCUAAACCUGGGUGACCUUCCUCAGAGCUUUGGUCUUCACAGCCCGGAUCAGUUGCCCAUGUCAGAGCAGGACUAUCACAAAAUGGCAACCAGCUUUGGCCUUCACAGUCCUGAUCAGAUACCGCCAGACAUGUACAGCGCUGUCUACGACCCACGACUCUUCUGUGAUGGAGGGUUGUAUCUCGACCCGGAUAUUAUAGACUUGACCCUAAUCCCUCCUCCCAAGACCCCAGAUGAUGACCUUGUGAUCGACUUCUCCAGUAUGGCUAAUCCCCCUCCCCCAGGUUUCAUGGACAACGGCUCCUUGUCCCCGGGGACCUCCUGUAGCAGAGGAAAGAAGCCCCUGAUGAGCAAACAGGAGCUGGAGAAACAGUUUGAGCUCCUGUGUAGGCUGGACGACGACAAAGAGCAGAUUGGUACCCGGCUAAGCGACUGUGUAUUCACAGAAGACGAGAGCGAUUCUGGUAACGAGACUAUCUCCUCUGAGAACAUCGAGCUAACAAACGGUCUGGCAGAGAAUCUGGGACAUGAGCCUGCUGAUCUGGUGGCGUCUCAUCAACAGCGAGUGUCUAACCGUACCCUGGGGGCGGCGCCUGGAGGAACGCCCAAGCUGAACAGCUUCAGAGUCAAUCCUCUCAGUGAGUUGAAUACUGAUAUUGAUGACCUGAUCGCCAGGCUUACUGUCCCACCACCACCUUCCACAGGGAAUACAACAACAACGGAGCAGAAAAUUAAAUCUUACAAAAGACAGAAACAAAAAAGUAAGCAUUCCAGCUGGUCACCUGCAGAUUGUCCAUUGAGUCCGAGUAUAAAUGAGUUGUCGCUAGAAGAAGAGAUAGCAGCGUUAAUUAUUCCCCCUCCUCCGUCGUCCCCGGCAUUGAUUGAUAUUCCCAUCGUGCCACCUGUCACCCCUGACAACAGUCAUCAUGCUGGUGGCAAAAUGAAAAAGCUCUCUCCUCACAAGCGUUCCAGUUCUGUUGAUCUGUCCCUUCUUAGAAAACAUUCCAGUGACAAAACAUUAGAAAGUUCAGUUGAACAUGGUCAAGGGUCAAAGUUCAAGGGAAAAGCACCUCAACCACCCGAGAAUUUCAAAAUGGACAGAAGGCACAUGUCUGCCGAUGAUGUAAAUAUAGGUACGGCAGCACACGUUGAAGUCGAAUCUCCCUCUACUGUUUCUGAAAGACUGAACUCUUUACUGAAAUCCAUUCCAUUUGAAAUUCAGGAUGAGGAAAAAACUCACAGUUCAUUGAUGAAAACGUGGUCUCAUCGUGAACGCAAGGACUCUGGACAAAGUUCGCAAACGAGCGGACAUGCGAAUGGCUCAGGGAAAAUUGCCCGCAGUAGCUCUUUACGAGUUCGGCGAUCCCCUUCGCCACAAUUAAAUAAUAACAUUCGACAGUUGAGCAUGUCAUCUGAAAGACUACGCUCUAAUUCAUCCAAUGGAGAAUCAUCUUUGACCCCUAGUAGACAGUUCGUUCCAAAGUCCAUUUUAAAAACACGUUCUGUAGAGACAGUGCAACAUUGUGAGAAUAGCAAAGGCUCAGGAGAUAGCAAUGGCAAAUCAGACACAUUUGCUGCUCUCAAAGCGAAAUUACAGGAAUACAGAGACAUUAUGCUGAGACGCAGGAACGGCGGUGCUAAAUCAGCUCAAGAGAGUUCAUCGGUAAAGGGAGAUAAGGCUGGUGCUAAAGGUCAGAGCAAGGGCAGUUCUCUAAGAAGGUCAAGCUCAUUGUCAGAACAGAGUUGCAUUAACAUGUCAUCGACUAGAGAUAAUCAGAAGGUCUCAAAACGGUCGUCUCCACGGAAACAGCAGUCAUUAUCAUUGAAUCGCUCACCUUUCACCUCAAAUAACUGGUCGGCCAAUGAAAAUGAUCGUGAGGAGGAAGAAGAGAACCACUCUGAAAAUAACGUCAACUCUGAAGACAAGUGGGACAAGAAAAAAGCCCCGAUGAAGCCCUUGUUUAACACACUUCCAGUGAACUUCAAUAAGCUGUCACUGAGGGCCUUAGCUGGCAACUCCAAUGCUCAGGGAAGGGAAAGAAAGAAACGGGGACCUCUGAAGGCUCUCAAGGCCGUGUUCGAAAGUCAAGGUCAGACAUCACACAAGACAUCAGGCAGUGAAGAGACUUUAAGCACUACAAACCAGGCUUCAGGCACUACAGGUGUGGCUAAGGGCUCCAUAGAUCAGUUAAAUAGUGCUUCAGUCCAAACACGUGGGAUUCCAACUAGUAGUUCCAAGAUUACAACACCACAAACCAUAACAUCUGCAAAGUCCAGCCCUCCUACAUUUGCGGAAGCAAGAAGUAUCUUUGAAGAGAACGACUUCACAACAUCCUCAGAUGUGGAGAACGAGCAAGAGACUACUGCCCACAGCUCCUCAAAGUCCACGACAACCAUGAAGAGAAACGGCGACCUCAUGAUGUGGCGACCCAUUUCCAGGAAGUCUAGCUCCAACGGCAGUGCUGGGAAUUCUGGAACAGGAAGUACCUCAAACUCAGACAGUUCCAAUGGUUCCACAGACUCUUCCGACCAGAGGGCACUGAGUGCUGGGAGCAGAACAAUUACGGUGUCACGCACACCAUCUUGGAGCAAUGCACCAGAGAUGGAAAAGUCCACGAGAGGUCCCAUGAUCCGAGGAUCCAGUGGAAGGAAACGAUCCAUUAAUGGAGAUAUCCACAAAGAUGCAACAGGCUAUCCUUUUGUGACACCCGAGUAUACAAACUUUAUCAAAUUUGUUCUAUCCAAGAACUAUGAAACAGACAGGGACAUAGCUCAUGCUGGGAACGACGUAGAUUGUCUGGCGGCCGAGCUGGAACAAACCAUGUCUUCUUUGAUGGAGUCUCGAAUAGACAAACAACCAUUGCAGCUAAAGAUGUGUCGGGACGAGCUGAUUCUGGUGACCCGGCAAUUUGUCGGCGAUGCCAAAUCUUUGGUGACGAGUGCCACCCAGUCAUCUGCAAAACUCUUCUGUAACGUCAACUGUAGUGUCCAUACCCUAGCCAAGAUGUUUCUGCAUUGUCAUGCCACACUGUUGAUGAUGGAUCAGGUUCCUAAGGCUCUUAAACUGGGGCAGGAAAUGACACGGAUCGCAGACGCCUUCAAGAAGACUGUUAUCACGGCGCGACAAAUCAUGGGACAGCCUGUGACUGAUCCUGCCAUGAAACAACUGAUGAAGCAAGCAACGUGGCUGGCAUCUUUGCUAGGGGACCUGAUGAAGAUACUGCUUUCUGUGAGUGUAGAACAUUAGUUCUCUACCCUUGUAAAUGGUAUCUGCCAGAGAAAAUGGGAUACACCAGUACCUGGUUGUUUGUAAUUUUGGAUGGUCCCAUUGACUAUUUCAGACUGAGAAUUUUUGUGAAAUGUAAAGGAAAAAAAUGUUAAAAAUUUGGAUUUAUUUGACCAUAACAAAUUUAGGUAUCAGUGUCAAUGAUUCAACAUGUGGUCUGAAGAAGUAUAUGUAUAAAUUUUUCUUAGAUAUUGUAUUCCUAUUAAUAAACAACAUGGAAAGUACCUAUCCUAUAUUCCUAUAGAACAACAGGAAAAAAAGACAUAUUUCAUUUCUUAUUUGUCAACCAAAGAUUUUCGUGAAAAAAAAAAAUAACAAAUUUCUUGUAAAAUAAUAUUACAUCUGGAAACCACCAAUAAUAGAUGGUUAAGAGAUGUGGGACCUUAAUGAUGCAUGUUUGAAAAUGCUCUUUGUAUCGGUGUCAUAUGUUAUUGUUGAAUUGAUGCUUUAUUGCUACAUAUUACUGGUGCAUAUCAUUAUGGAAGGAAUAUGAAUUUGAAUUGGAUCUUGGAAGUGAUUGAUUCUAUUUAUACAUGUAUUUGGUGUGCUUUAUUUUUACAAUUGCCUUUAAAAAUAUUACACUAUUUAAGACGUUAAUGUUAAUUAUGACUGAGUUAAUCAGAAUUGCAUUUGGGUUCUUAAUGUACCUCAAAAGUGUCUAUUAAGGUCUUGUUUAAAGACAUUUUAAGUACAUAAAUGUACUUGUAUUGUGGUAAAUUGGACUGGGUUCUGUUAAGAGGAAUAAAUAAUGAUGCUUCAGACAAAAAUAUCGUUUCCAGAAUUUCACACAAGGUUAGAAACAUCAGAACAGUCUUGUGGUUAAGUUCAGUGAUCUGCAAGUGUGUUAAACAACAAGGCUUUAAACAUUCUGAAGUAUACAUUUGCUGAUUAUAUUCAAAAUUCCAUUACAUAUUUCAGCAUUAGCAAUGUUUGCUACUUGGAAUAACCUAAAACACUCAUUAUUAUGGGUAUGUAUUUAUUAUAAUUGUAUGUUAUAAUCACUCAUUGUCAUUUCAGUAUGAUAGCAUCUUUUAUUGUGUACUAGAGAUUUCAAGGCGAUCCCUCCAAUCUGACUGUGAUAUUGUUCUAUAGAAGGAUCUCCUAGUAGCUCCUUGUUGAAAGCCAAAAUUUGCGCUGUAUAUGUCAAACGUUUUGCUUUAGCUUUUCUUAUUACAUGUCUUCAUUUUAAUGCAAGGGGAAAAAAUUGAAAUUUUUGGGAAGGAGAUGCAAGUUAAAAAAUUGUUCUGAGAAAAAUGGCAAGAUAUUUGUAGAAUUUGUCUCGUUCCAUGUUCCAUAGGGCUAUCUGGUGAACCGUGGCAUAAUUUCUGACAACCGUGUCAGCCCACAAUCAGCAUUCCACACAGGACAACUCAACAAGGAACUGAUACAUAUUAUUCAUGACAAUGAUGUUGCAAAAUUAACCUCAAAACAGGCCUGAUUCUCCAUUGUUUCUGGGGUUUUUUGGUGUAGGUAGUAUUUGUGAAAGACCAUUCAGAUCUGAUGUUGUUGCAAAUAGCGUAGUGCAGACCUGUACAUGUAGGUAAAAAUGUUAUAGAGGUGAUAUUUUCCUGUUUCAAAAAAAAACAAAAUUUUUAAUAUAACACAAGAAAAUUUGGCGUUGGAUUCUAUCAGUGUUUAUUACUUCUGCAUAUUUAAUAUGUAUAUAAAAAAGUAUAUUAUAUUGGUGUUUAUACCGGUACCUUACUAUUUAUAGUAUGCAUAAACUUGUAAAAACUUGUAUAAAUAUUUUAUAACUGGUUUGUGAAUAUUUGUGUGACUCAAUCAAAAAAACCUGUGGUAUUGCCUCGAUCUGUGUAUAACAUAUCUAGUCCGCCAUAAUGCAGGGCCUGCCCUGGCAGACUUUACUUAUCUGAUUUCUGACUACGCACUGAUAUUAACUUCUGAAUAAAUAUAAC